AUGAUAAAACGUGAACAACAGCCUUGCGAAUCCGUCACGGCUUAUUUUGAUGAUAAACUUUCGUUAUGCCGUGAAUAUAACCCAAACAUGGUUGAAUCAUUAAUCGUUCACCAUUUAAUAGCUACCAUAAAUCCACAAAUCGCCAAACAAAUUCUAAGGUCCGAUGCUCCCGUUGAUACAUUGGGUAAAUUUUGGAAUAUAGCAAAAACAGAAGAUCUUAACGAAACAUAUGCUAAAUUAGCACAAUUGAACAUACACCGGCCACAGUCUAUUUUGUUAGAAUUAAUUUUACUUACAACAAAAAACUGA